AUGUGCAUCACCAACGCCCCCAAGGUGUUCACCGACACCGCCGGCUUCCCCGCCGGCUACGGCUCCUACAGCGGGCAGUGCGCCGCCACCGACGUCUACCCGCCGAGUUUCGUACAGCGUGUCGAUCGCUGCGUAGAGAUGCUAGCCGGCAUUAUCGCUGCGCGUGGCGGUGCUGCUGGCGCUCAUGGGAGUCGGCACUUGUAUAACAUGAUGGGCGGCAAGGUGUACAAGGUCGACUUUAUGUUCGCGCGCCCCGUCAACCCUGGCCCGGCCAACGCCCUGGAUUUCUCCCUGCUGCUCAGGUUUCCGAGCACCGACAAGGGCGGUGUGGUGGAGAUGGUGAUACCCCCCAAAGAAGAAGAAUUUAUCAAGCAAGCGCUUGACUGCUUGCCCUGGGCACCUCUAUCUUGGAGCAUCCACCGCGGGAUGAGGGACAUCCUGGUUGUCUACGCAAAGCCCGUGAUGGACUCCUAUCGCGGGCAGCUUGCAGCCAAGCUCAAACGCUUGCCGCAGAGAGGCCGGCUGUCCUAGACGGCAGAGGCUGGGAUCCGACAUUCGUGCGUGAGAGCUUGGGAGAUAUGGCUGCCUCGGCUGUGAUGGCCGGGAGUGGGAACUCGGGAGAUCUGGUUCGGGUCGUCACCGAGAGAUCGUGCUGGCUAUGGCUGGCGACCAGGACCUUUCUUAUCUAGAUGACGAGACCUUUUGGAGACGUGACGAGCGCGAGGGAGACCUGCAAUUGCAGGCGUGAUUGCCUUGACCAAGUUCGUUCUAGAGCGGAGCAGCGAGUUCGAUUAUCAGAUAUAUCACGAGCUUUCCAUCUCAGUUUACUUUGCCUAAAGUAGAGAGACUAGAUGGAGCUUAAUCUUUGCCCUUGCUGAGCAGUUCUUCUGCUAUAUAAUAAAUAAACAAAACUCGAGCCGCGACGGCGAGAGACAGUUCGAAAG